GCGCCACGAGGGGGCGUGGCUUGGUGUGAAACCCGGAAGUUGGCCGCUGGUGGCUGGACGGUAACGGGCAGUUCAAGAACUUUAUGAAUUGGUAAAAUGUCUGAGUUUUCACGUCAGCGAACAAUUCUGAAUCCAGUUGUCCCUUAUUUGGGGACCAUUUUUGGAGGCUUGGAAUUGGGGCAGAUGGUGGUAAUUCACGGGACUGUGGCUCCUGAUGCAGAUAGGUUUCAGAUAGACUUUCAGUGUGGCUGCAGUGUCCAGCCCCGGGCAGAUAUUGCAUUUCAUUUCAACCCUCGAUUCAAAGGUUCUGGGCACAUUGUUUGCAACACCUUGGAGAACGAAAGAUGGGGUUGGGAAGAAAGAACACAUCAAAUGCCACUUACUAAGGGAAAGCCCUUUGAAGUUCUCAUUUUGGUUCUCCCUAGUAAAUUCCAGGUUUCUUCAAAUGGCAAACACUUGCUUUUCUAUAAGCAUAGACUCGAUUUUAGAAGAAUUGAUACUAUUGGAAUACACGGCAAAGUGAUGAUUGAAAUGAUUGGCUUUGCCUCUCAAACACCCUUGCAAGGUUCCCAGCUCAUCUCUCUUGAUGCAUCUCCUUUAAAUAGUAAUAAGGCUGAGUCAACAGAGAGUAUGGACUUUACAUUGCCGUAUGCUGCUAACAUUCCUGGUGGAUUUGUGCCUGGAAGGACAAUGGCCAUCAAAGGGGAAAUUAAAAAGGAUGCCAAAAGGUUUUCUAUUGACCUAAGGCCUACUGGCUCCAGUGACAUUGCUUUGCACCUGAAUCCACGUAUGAAGGAGAAAGUGUUUGUCAGGAACACUUACUUGUAUGAUAGCUGGGGAGAAGAAGAAAGGUGUCUCAGUGAAUUUCCUUUUCAGCCAGAAAUGUAUUUUGAGAUUAUCAUACGCUGUGAGGCUAACCAUUACAAGGUUGCUGUAAAUGGGAUACAUCAGCUGGAGUACAAACAUAGAUUCAAAGACCUAAAUAAGAUCAACUUGGUUUCAAUUGGUGGAGACCUCUUUCUUUUUGAUGUGCGUGUUUGGUAGGCCCUAAUAUAUAGAUAGAAACCUGCAAUUUGUCAUUUUUUUCCGUUAUUAAUCACACUGCUAGUGAUACAGUAAUGGGAUAUAUUCCUAUGGAAAUGUAUAUCCAUAAUUAAGUAAUGUGAGCGGCCUUAAACUUUAAAAACCAUUAUACACAAUUCACUGUUCCUAUAAAGGAUGCCAUAGGCAUAAUGACAAGUGCCAAAAGGUUACAUGGUUAUUUUUCUCUGAUUUGAAUAAUAGGUAAUUAACUCUGUGUACAUGUGAUACUACAUGUAUUUUCUGGUUCUUAAUGGCAAACAACUUGUAAAUAUGAGCUAGAGAGUGAAUGUUGCCUCCUGGUGGUUCUUCUGUUUGAACAAUAGGUGGGGGACGUAGCUGGACUAAUCCCUGCCCUUCUCUUCCUCACUGAUUUUUGGUAAGAGUAAAGUAUUGUCCACUUAUUGUAGUGCAUGACAGGAGAUAACACUGCCAUGUACAAGAGGCAAUAAAACACCAGAAAUCAUACAAAAAGGGAAUGUUUUUUUUUCUUCAAUGAUUUGUUUGUUGUGUCUUGUUAGUGGUCUGAUUUAUGAUGUAUAUAAUUCUUUUGCUUAUUUGCAUAAAUUUAAUUUAAAAGAAGAAAGAAAGAGGGUAUGGUUUAUUGCUCUUUUGUACAGAGUGGAACAAAGACUGUAUUAAAGGGAGUUUAUAAUUUGAUAGGUUAAUACAUUUACUGAAAAUGUAUUAAAGGGACACUAUAGUCACCAAAACAACCUUAGGUUAAUGAAGCAGUUUUUUAUGUAUAGAUCGUGACGCUGAAGUCUCACUGCUCAAUUAACUGCUAUUUAGGGGUGAAAUCACUUUUGUUUAAGUUUAUACAGCCCUGGCUACACCUCACCUGGCUGUGACUCUCACAUCCUGCAUGAGACCAAAAUGCUUUCACUUUCAAACAGAUGUUACCUAAAGGUUUUUUAUCUGCUGCUCUCUAAAUUGAACUGUAAUGGUACCCAUGAGGCUCCUGCAGGGUCUAGAAGGCUAUUUACAGGAAGUGUUUAGGAAGGCCGUGUAAGUCACAUGCAGGGUAGUGUGACUAUAGCUCCAUAAACAAAGUGCCUUAACUCUUAAAUGGCAGAGAUUUGAGCAAUGAGACCACAGGGGCAACAUCUAUACACCAAAACUGCUUCAUUAAGCUAAAGUAGUUUUGGUGACUAUAGUGUCCUUUUAAAGAAUGCAGACAUUAUGGAGUUUUUGAUAUUCUCUUCUGAUAUAUUUUACUUUAAAAUGUGUAAAAUAUAAAAUAAAUAGCAGCUUUAUUAUAAAAAUGUAAAUUGGGGUAAGCAACCUUCGGCACUCCAGAUGUUGUGGACUACAUUCCCCAUAAUGCUUUUACACCCGUAAUGCUGGCAAAGCAUCAUGGGAGGUGUAGUCCAAAACAUCUGGAGUGCCGAAGGUUGCCUAUACCUGUUCUACACCACUGAUGGGUGAGAAACCGGGUAUUAUUUAUUAAUUUCUUCCUUCAUUUGGUACCAUUAAACAUUCCCAGACUGCACAAUGAAUAAAAGGCAAACCGUAAAACAGCUGAUUGAAUGGGGAAUUUAUUUAAAGCAGAAUGAGAGAAAUCGGAUGCUUUUACUUACAAUUCACCCAAGUAGUUCUUGCAUUUUGGGGGGUGAAUAGGCAGCACUGUAAGCAUUGACUGAGCUGAAACCUUAAUUUUAUUUAAACCAAUGUUGUUAACUGCAUAAUUGUCUUUAAAGAUGUAACUCAUGCUUGAGUGUUAAUGAAGAUCUGCAGAGAUUUGAACUUUUAUAUUAAUACUAUUGUUUGUGAACCUGUAUAUUUCAUUGUUCCCUACUGAUUGCUUUACAGUAUUUUACUGUAGACGCUAAUUAUUAUCUGCAAUAAAAAAAAGUCGAAAGGUG